UCAAAGAAGAAAUUAAAAGGCAUGACUUCAGAACCUUAUAAAAUAUGAAUUUUUCCAUUUCACAACAUCAUACUAUAAUGUCUGCUCCAACAGAAAAUCGUAGCCUAUGGAGAGACAUAAUUAUAUCAACGAGGAACAUAUUCAAAGCUAAUUUUGGCCAUUUUCAUGCAAUUUCAAUCCUCUUUCUCUUACCUAUCUUUUUCACUCUAGUUGUAUAUCCUUGUUUCCACCUUGCCCUCUUUCAUCCCGAUAAUGUUUUCACAAGUUUUUCACUUUCCAAAUUCGAAAUUAUUGUACUCAUAGUGUACAUUCUGUUUUUGGUCCUGUUUUUCCUCUGUGCCGUAGCCACAACUAUAUAUAGCACGGUUCAAGCAUACCAUGAUAGACCUAUCAACCUUGUUUUGUCUAUUAAAUCUAUUAGAAAUUCCUUCUUCCCCCUUCUUUCCACCUUUAUCGUAUCGCAAACCAUCUUCAUUUCAAUCACUCUCCUUUUCUCCCUAGUCUUUGUUUUCUUAGUCCAAAUUCUUCAAGUUCUCGGACUAAUUGAACUCAAAUAUGACUCGAAUCACUUGUUGUUCUUGGUUAUUCCCACGUUGAUAGUGCUCGUACCAGUUCUGGUUUGGCUACAGGUAAACUGGUCAUUAGCUUAUGCCAUAGCAGUGAUUGAAUCAAAAUGGGGUUACGAAACACUGAGGAGAAGUGCAAAGUUGGUGAAGGGGAAGAGAUGGGUAGCUUUUUGGAUACAUAUGUAUUACGGGCUUGUGAUUGUAGUAAUGGUGGUUGGUGGUGCCUUGUUUUUAGUCAGUUUGGGUGCAGCGAAGGGUAACCAGUGGAGGAGUUUCGGGGUGAUCCUGCAGACUGCGCUCGCUAUAGUGUUCGGAUAUGUGCUGAUGAAUCAGUAUCUUAUGGCAAACACGGUGUUGUAUAUGUAUUGUAAGGACUUGAACGAUGAAAAUUUGCCCUUGGAAACUGGAAGCGAGUAUGUUUCCCUGCCCUUGAAUGAAGAGAAGAAUGAUCAUGCUAUUGUGUAAUUUGUUUAAUGACUCUAUGAAUCGUAUAAAAUUUGGUUUGUCUUCCUUAGAAAGAUUAAA